UAGCAGACCAGCCAGAAGCGGAAAGAGUGUUCGCAGAUUGUUAGCAUUCCAAAUUGUGUGCAUUUGCGUGAAUAUUUGGGAAGAAACGGCUGUUGUGUGUUACAACGUUGCGUUCGUCACGGCGGGCUGGCAUUAAGUAAGGCUGCGGGUUGAGGGAACGAAGAGGGCGGAAAUACGGUUCCAGCAGCAGGAUGACGCUUGACCUAGUUCGUCCACCAGCAGUAGCAGCAUGGCCAGCAUGGAUAGCGUGUUGCUAUUGAUUGUCCGGGAGUUCUGUCAGCACGGCUGACGACACAACGUGGUCACAACGUCGCCCCGUGUGUGUGCGCGACGUGCGUGUCGGUGGUUUCGAUUUAUGAGCCGCGUCGAACGUACACAUCCGGAGGACGACGAGGACGCGCAACAUGAUACCGUGGAUGCGGGAAAAAUUCGCCGAGCGGCGUGCCCGAUGGCAACAGUCACGCAAACACCAACCACGCGGCACGGCCGGCGACGGCGUAUCGAGCUGCAGCUCUGCGUCAUCGACUUCGGGUGCUCCGUCCGCGAGCGAACCAUCGUCCGGCACGGCGACACCCGCCACCAACGUGUCCCCCGUGCAUCAGCAGCAGCAAUCGCAGCAAUCGAAUGCUCGUCCGCACGGACACAAACAUCGCCAUGGGCAACGGACGGCUAGGCAAAAGCUACAUCCAUCGCAGCAACCGUCGACUUCUUCCGCCAGUGGGUCGUGGCGUUCGAGAUCGAAACAUAGCGCACACCGUGACGAUGGGGAGGCUGGCCAUGGACCAGAACAAACGGUUGCGUUACGAAUUAUCAGUCCCAGGGGAGGCAUGGUGGAUGUGGAGGUCCUUCGUACCUUAAACGGGCGCCAGCUGAAAAUGCACGCGCUGGAAAAGUUCGCCAGCAAUGCCUUCACGAUGCCCCACUUUUCGUCCGACCUGGACGAGCUGGCCGAUCGGUAUCGUAUCAUACGCUCGCACAGUAGGCGCAUCUUUCGUGACGACGAACUACUCGCCAACUGCGACGUGCAGGAUGAGGAGGAAUUCCUUUUGGUCGCCAAACGCAUCGAUCCGGCCCCAUUGGAGGAAAGCCUGAAGGGACCCUCGGCGGCGGAGAUUCUGGCUGCAACACGCCACAUUCCGCUUUCUCGCAUCAAUCAAGCAUCGGUCAAUUUUAAUCUUGGCAUGCUGCAAUCCGAUCUUCAACAGGACUUACGUAGGAUAAUGAUUUCGCUAUCUAAAGCGUCAGCGUACGUGCACGGGACGGGUCCGUGUGCGGAGAAACUGAUCGCCCUAUUCCACCAACGGUUAAUCAAUCGAAAACGGCACCAAAUUAGCUCGGUCGAGACACUGCUUGAGAUGGGAUUCUCGCUGGACAAAAUAAAUCAGGCCUUACAAAUAACGAAAAACGUCUUUCCUGCGGCACUGGACUGGCUUAUCCAGAACGACAGUACAGCGAAGCUAUUCAACUGUGAUAAGAGCGGCUCCGGUGUUAACGUGGUAGUUGCUUCUUCUUCUUCCUCCUGCGUCACAACGAACCAAAUGCAACCGACGACUGUGACGAACGACGCGGGCAGCAAUCCGACGAUGUCGAGUCAGAGGGGACGCAUCAAAUCGGAUGCCGACAUAAACGACACCAAAUCAUUCUCCACCCCGUCGUCGUCGUCGGGUCAGUCGAUCGACGAGCCGGAACAGGCGGGUUGCGAAACCGGCGAAGAGAGUGAGGGCGAAAAUGGGUCACCGAAAACGAAGGAUCCUUUCACGAUAAAGCAAGACAACGUUGCAGCACUGCUGGAAAUUGUGCGCAUGUACUCGGAAAAGACCGUUGUUCCUGCCCCGGAACUGGUCAUCUCGAUCAGUGAGAUGGGCUUCGAGGAGGAAAGCGUCCGUGAGGCUCUUGUUGCGACCCACAACAAUCAAGCUGCCGCGUGCGAGUGGCUGCUGGGGAAUCGGGUCAAAAGUGUGCAGGGAUUAAACGACGGGCUGCCCGACGAUUCACCGAUACUGCGCGUCCUCAUGGCUUCACCACAAGUACAAAUUAGCCUAGGAAAUCCAAAGAUGUUUAUCGCACUGAUCUCAAUGUUGGACAACUCAUCAACGAUGACCAUGUGGCUUAGCGACAACGAUACGUCGUCCGUGCUUGGGCACAUUCUGCGCACGUACCACGAGGAGAAGCACAUUGUCGCUAUCAAUCAGUUCAACAACGCCCAGGGUAGUUCCGGCCAGCAGCAGCAGCAGCAGCAGCUGCAGCAGCCCCGUUAGGGAACACCCAACGCUUCCCCCCGACGAUGUUGUGUAGAAUUUUCCUAGAAACCAACCAUAUAGACAGCGAGAGGCGGCCAUCGGAAUGGCACAAGAAAGCUUUAAUGCUCCACGUCCCCCGUUUCACCGAGAGAAGCGCGCGUGUUUGUGUGUGUGUUUGGUUUUCGCAACGAGCGAUUUGGCCGUGCGCCGUAAGCCUAUAAGCGUAGAUGAACGAGUAGACACCCAUUGUAGUAGACCGAUUUGGCCUCAAAUUGCAAAUGUAGAUGGUAGCAGCAGAGCAUAGAACGUUACUACCGCAUUUAUGUUGCGCUUCGCAUACAAAGUUGACCGUUUGAUACGUAGUAGAGUUAGAGAAAAUCAAUGAUGAUGCUAAAUUUCUUAAGCUUCGAUAUUCCGUUUGACGACACCAAAAAGAAACUUUUGCACAAUAUUGCCACCACACAAACACAAGUGACACACACACACUCACAAAAACUGCACGAACAAAACGGCACGCCGUUAACGCAAAAAAAAGUAUUGCAUUUAAAUAUAGUAGAUUUUAAAACGCCAAAGAUGCUAUAUACCUAUUACGCGUAAGGAUGAUAUUUUAUGAAAUUCAACGAACGACUUGUGAUUUAAAUGGAUAAACCAACUAUGUGAAACAUUCAAACCAAACAAUGAAACGACAAAGAAAUGGAAACGAACGUACAUUACUACCUUGCGGCGGGCACGAGGAAGGCAGACGUACCUUCUCCGCGAGCGCGGAACCAAAAAACCUAAACUCCUCUAACAAAAGUGAGUAAUAAAAA